UCGCCGCCGCCGCGGCCGAUUCCUUCUUCCCAGUGGCGGCGCUGCAGUACUUGAUCGAUGGGGUUCACUCGGUCACGGGGCUUAAUUGGUGGGCUUGUAUUGCGCUGACGACCAUCUUGAUUCGAAGUGCUACAGUUCCGCUUCUUCUUAACCAGUUGAAGGCCACCGUGAAGCUUAACAUGAUGAGACCAGAGUUAGAACAGCUAAAGCAAGAAAUGCAAAACUCCAUGGAUCCACAAUCUCUUCAGGAGGGUCAAAAGCGAAUGAAUGCGUUAUUCCGGAAGUAUGGUGUUACUCCAUUUACUCCACUGAAAGGAGUUUUCAUCCAAGGGCCCAUCUUUGUUAGCUUUUUCUUCGCAAUUUCAAACAUGGUCGAGAAAGUUCCAUCAUUCAAAGGAGGGGGAGCAUUAUGGUUUACCGAUUUGACAACUCCUGAUCAGUUAUACAUUUUUCCAGUGUUAACAUCAUUGACCUUCUUGGCCACAGUAGAGCUAAACAUGCAAGAAGGUAUGGAAGGGAAUCCUAUGGCAAAUAAGAUGAAGAAUUUUUCAAGAGUACUUGCUCUUUUUACUGUCCCCUUUACAGCAAGCUUCCCAAAGGCCAUCUUUUGCUAUUGGAUCACAUCAAAUAUUUUUUCUCUUCUAUAUGGAUUUGCACUUAAACGCCCACCUGUAAGGAAGUUUUUGAAUCUUCCUGAGAUAGUACCUCAGGCAGCUGGAGCACCACAACCAAGCUUUUCUUUCUUUGGGAAUUCCAAGUCUAUUACUCCUGUAGCCUCUCCACUACAAGCUAAGGAAGCUACCCAAUCAAUUACAACAGAAAGAAGGGUGUCUUCAUCUGCCGUCAUGAGUCAGCGGAUUAGAAACUUGGAGAAAACUGUGAAAGCUAGAGGCAAGCCUAAAAGAAGGUGAAAGACUUUUACACGGAUUAAUUAUUGAAUACCUAGGCAAAGUAGUUAAUAAGUUAAUCAUAUGCCUUUUGGCAACGCAAUUUAUACUUCUUGCGUGAGGGAAUCAAUUCUUUUUCUCGACAAAUAAAUUAGUCUUGUUGUUGUUGACAUGCGAAAUAGAAAAUAGAAGAUCACUCUAAUUAGCUUGGAGUAUGGGUUGGACCAAGUCAUUAGAAUUCAUUGUAGUAGUGCGGUUCCGCCCUCAACCGAUUGUGGGUAAUAUAAUGCUAUGGCACUACGUUUACUUCUUGCCAGUCACAACCUGACUCUUGAAAGAGCGUUUAAAGUUUCUUUGCGCUUAAUUGGUUUCUUUGCACUUAAUUGGUAACUCGAAAGUUUUGAACAAGUUGUAACAUAAGGACAUAAAUUUUGGUCGAAACAUUGUAAGCUGUGGAACUAUUCUUGUGCUUCUCUCUAUCUCUGUCAAUUUGUUGUCUCGAUUGUAAUUUGUAGAAUCUUUUGGUAUUGACUUUCAUCAUCUCCAAUUAUAUUUUCAUCUUGACUGUUUA